AUGAGCCCAGCCUUCGGCUUGUUGCUCAUUCUUUUGACUGUGCAGAUAUCCAGUGCUAGACGCCCACAAAGGGAACAUGGACUUGCAGGCUCUUCCUGGUAUGGUUCAUCAACGUGGCUCGCACGUAGAAACCUGGCUGGAGGUCGAAAUGCACGCAUUACGGCAUUCGUCGGCCCUUCGGGUGGGCACUUGGAAUCAUUCAAGACCAGGUUGAGAAAUUCGAGCAACAGGCUGCAGCCCAUUAAGGCAAUCUCGAGAACUGGUGUAUGCGUACCGGAAGAUGUAGGCCUCUAUGGCCGCACCGUCGUGGCAUACGAGUGUCUUUACUCCCAAGACGGCAGGACACAGACGGGUGACGAGUGGGAGCGGGAACAAAUAAAUGCAGUAAAUGCCAAGGCGCCAAAGAAGCUGAAGAAACCUAAGAAAGAAAAGCUUAGCAAGAAAACUGACGAAACGGCUGGCGAACCGUACAAGCGUUUCAUAUUCCCGCCACCUUACAACACUACUGGUAUGUUGCUCAGGGAAGGUGAACCGUAUCUGGUGCUGUCCACGUGGCUGCCAGGCGUUGACAAAGAUGACGUAUUUGUUGCUAUAGAUUACGAUUCGUCAAAUGGAUAUGUACCAACACGUUACGCGAGGGAAAACCUCCACCAACUCCAUCUCACGGAAACGGCGCACAAAUACUACGAGUCCAUCGAAGCUGUGCCGAGGGGCUUCGAACAACACGAAAGGUCAUACAACAGCACAUAUAAUGACCUAUUCAACCGGGUUGUGGAGAACAAUGAUGAUAUGAACCACUAUGCGUUUUACUCGAAGGCCAAGGAUCGGCCGCCGAUGAUCAUCAUUAAUGCACCGAAAAACACAGUGGUGAAACAGUUCGAAUUCAAUACGUUUGGACGGAAGAGAGACACCAAUCAUCCCAACACAGUCAAGAAGUCGCGGCCGACAGGAGACGCUAUACCGGACAGAAUACAACGUGCUUAUAGACCGUUUUCGUACAUCGAUCUGCGAAACGUGCAGUGCAAUAUGAGUGACGCCACCCUUCAAAUCAGGGCCAAGCUAACACAUAUUCCACCGCCGCCAGACAUGAAGAAAAUUUUCCAACUGAGCAUCGGCCAGGGCGAAGUAUGCCCGCCACGGAUAUUUCCGGUUGAACAAGUUCAUGGUUGGAUGUACAACUGGCACCACUUCCCCAAGUACGAUCUGGAAUUCGACAUGUCGAAAAUACAACCACCAGAAGUGGAUCCAGAACUGGAAACCUGCAUGGAAAUGCCUGACGACGAUCCGAUGACCAAACGUGAGUCUCUCAGGCUAAUGCGAGAGUACGACGAAUGGAACAAAAAAAAUUAA